UGCUCCGGCCCGGGCUCUGAGAGGAGCUGGGUAGGUUCGGCGCCGGCAGGAAGACGCUGGGGCUGACGAGAGUCCGACGCCCGGUGCUCGGGACUUUCUCCGAGGCAGAGUGGACAGUGAGAGACAGAGAGAAAGGUCUUCCUUUUCCGUUGGUUCACCCUCCAAUGGCUGCUGCGGCUGGCGCACCACACUGAUCUGAAGCCAGGAGCCAGGUGCUUCUCCUGGUCUCCCAUGCAGGUGCAGGGCCCAAGGACUUGGACCACAACAGAGAGCUGGCCUGGAAGAGGGGCAACCGGGACAGAAUCCAGCGCCCCGACCAGGACUAGAACCCGGUGUGCCAGCGCCGCAGGUGAAGGAUUAGCCUAUUGAGCCACGGUGCCGGCCGUUGAUAUGGUCUUUAACAUAUACUAUGAAACCUACGUAGUCAAGCCCUACAAUGCUUCUGCUGUCGGGCGUGUGAUGAGGAGGAGAGUUUGGCUUUGGAGCGCUGGGAACCUGAGGCAUUGCCGAGGACUCGGAGCCCAGCCCUGACCAGUGGAGAGCCCAUAACACAAUGAACAAAUUGAACUUCCAUAACAACAGAGUCAUGCAAGACCGCCGGAGUGUGUGCAUUUUCCUGCCCAACGAUGAAUCUCUGAACAUCAUCAUAAAUGUUAAAAUUCUGUGCCAUCAGUUGCUGGUCCAGGUGUGUGACCUGCUCAGACUGAAGGACUGUCACCUCUUUGGACUCAGUGUCAUACAGAAUAAUGAACAUGUGUACAUGGAACUGUCACAGAAGCUUUAUAAGUAUUGUCCGAAAGAGUGGAAGAAAGAGGCCAGCAAGGUACGACAAUACGAAGUCACUUGGGGUAUUGACCAGUUUGGGCCUCCUAUGAUUAUACACUUCCGUGUACAGUAUUACGUGGAAAACGGCAGAUUGAUCAGUGACAGAGCCGCAAGAUACUAUUAUUACUGGCACCUGAGAAAACAAGUGCUGCACUCCCAGUGCGUGCUCCGUGAGGAGGCCUACUUCCUGCUGGCAGCCUUUGCCCUGCAGGCGGAUCUUGGGAACUUCAAAAGGAAUAAGCACUAUGGAAAAUACUUUGAGCCAGAGGCUUACUUCCCAGCAUGGGUUGUUUCCAAGAGGGGGAAGGACUACAUCCUGAAGCACAUUCCAAACAUGCACAAAGAUCAGUUUGCACUGACAGCUUCCGAGGCACAUCUGAAAUACAUCAAAGAGGCCGUCCGGCUGGAUGAUGUCGCUGUCCAUUACUACAGGUUGUACAAGGAUAAAAGGGAAAUUGAAGCUUCACUCACCCUUGGCUUGACUAUGCGGGGGAUUCAGAUCUUCCAGAAUCUAGAUGAAGAGAAACAGUUACUUUAUGACUUCCCCUGGACAAAUGUUGGAAAGUUGGUGUUUGUGGGUAAGAGGUUUGAGAUUUUGCCCGACGGCUUGCCCUCAGCCAGGAAGCUCAUCUACUACACGGGCUGCCCGCUGCGCUCCAGGCACCUCCUGCAACUGCUGAGCAACAGCCACCGGCUCUACAUGAACCUGCAGCCUAUCCUGCGCCACAUCCGGAAGCUGGAGGAAAACGAAGAGAAGAAGCAGUACCGGGAGUCUUACAUCAGCGACAACCUGGACCUGGACAUGGACCAGCUGGAGAAGCGCUCUCGGGCCAGUGGGAGCAGUGCGGGCAGCGUGAAGCACAAGCGCCUGUCUCGCCACUCCACCGCCAGCCACAGCAGCUCGCACACCUCGGGCAUCGAGGCAGACACCAAGCCGCGGGACGCGGGGCCCGAGGACAGCUGUCCCGGCAGCGCCCUGCACCGCAGGCUGAAAACCUGCAGCUCCAUGACCAGCCACGGCAGCUCCCACACGUCUGGCGUGGAGAGUGGCGGCAAGGACCGCCUGGAGGAGGACUCCCAGGACGAUGAAAUAGAGAUGUUGGUUGAUGACCCCAGGGACCUGGAGCCGAUGAAUGAAGAGUCUCUGGAAGUCAGCCCGGACAUGUGCAUCUAUAUCACGGAGGACAUGCUGGUGUCACGGAAGCUGAAUGGACACUCUGGGUUGAUUGUGAAAGAAAUCGGUUCUUCCACCUCCAGCUCGUCAGAAACCGUGGUGAAACUCCGGGGCCAGAGCACCGAUUCCCUUCCACAGACUGUGUGUCGAAAGCCAAAGACGUCCACUGACCGACAUAGCUUGAGCCUGGAUGACAUCAGACUUUACCAGAAAGACUUCUUGCGCAUCGCAGGUCUGUGUCAGGACACUGCUCAGAGCUACACCUUUGGAUGUGGCCAUGAACUUGAUGAGGAAGGCCUCUAUUGCAACAGCUGCUUGGCCCAGCAGUGCGUCAACAUCCAAGAUGCUUUUCCAGUCAAAAGAACCAGCAAGUACUUUUCUCUGGAUCUCACUCAUGAUGAGGUUCCGGAGUUUGUUGUGUGAAGCCCACGUGCAGGCAGCCUGCUGUUGGCCAGAGGCUGCGGGAGCCUCUUGGGUUCUUUACAUAUUACUUGUGCCAUAUCUUCUUGACCCCAGACAGCUCUUUCUUUAUAAUAUUUGUGAUGGAAGCAAAAGCCUUGGGACGAUUGCACUUUAAGUAUUAUGCGGAAGUAGAAGAACUACGGAGAAUGUGCAGCAAGACAAGUGCCAGAAGUUUAUUGAUCCUUGCGAAGGAAAUGUGCUUUGCUGGUUACCAAGCCUUCAGAAUGCAGAACCGUGCUGUGCUUUCUCGUUAGCUGCUUUCGAGUUCAGUUACACGUAGCAUCACGGUUUUUAUCGCGUGAGAAGUGGUGUUUUAUUGCACGUUAUUUUACACCGCUCCCUCAUGAAAUAAACGCUCACAGUUUGGGGAGGAGAGCGAGAAGGUUCUCUCUUCUUCUAACAGAGAGGCUGUCGCCUAGGACACAACCAUGGCUGCCUCACCGAGGCUGUUCCAGAAUGAACACUAAAAACCAAGUGAUCAAAAUCACGUGGUUCUAGAAAGCCAAAGAUCUGUGCGUAACGGAAGUGACUGCUCAGAGACAGGAAGACGUGAAUGAACAGAAAGUCAAGACUGCAUGCUGGGAUGCCUUGGGGCUCCCUCAAGCCUGGGCAGGGCCAUGUCCUCCUGUUUGCCCCUCUAGAAACUUCUAGAAUUCAGUUUAGUUCCUCAUCCAAGUAACAGAUCAGUAUGUUCAUGACAUGAUGAGUUUUGUGGAGUUUGCAAAACCGAUGUCUGUUAAAGUUAUGGAAAUGUCUUAGAAAAUGUUUGGGCUUGGUGAUAUUUUGUUUAUUUUAAUUAUCAGGUACAAAUUAUGUUAAUACUAGUUUCUGCUUAACCAAAAUACCCUAAUUGUAUGUAUACGUUAUAAGCAUAUAACUACAUGGGAUUGUGUGUGCUGAGAUGUGUUUAGGCUUAUGAACUCUUCAUUUUAGCUUCCGUGAUGGUCGUGUUUACAUGUGAUCCCUGUUUAAUAUUAAGGCUUCGUUACUGAAUGAAUGAUACGUACAGACAAUCAGUUGAUAGCUGUAGAGCUGGAAUGGCUGUUCCCUCCUGUGCCUUUGGCCAUGAUUCUCAACCCUGAUUGCAUAAUAGAGUUAUUUGGGGAUCUUUGAAAAGAUAACAGAGUCGGGGUCUCACCCCAGACCAAUUAAAUCAGUCUCGUGGUGGGACCCAGGUGGAACUGCCUUUGCUCUCAGAGUGCUCCAGAUGGAGCUGAUCUCAGCAGGGUUGGACACCGCUGGCCCCGAGGGUGUUUCCUCAUGAAUUCUGAAGCACAUGUGCCGAGGAGAUGCUGGUGUGAGAAUGGCCGAUGUUGAGACAGUUCCUGCUGUGUGCUUUGGGACACGGAGUGAAAUCCAGCCAGGACAAGGAGUUCACCGCCCUUUGAUGGACAGUGAAACAGUGUUGCUCACGCUUCAGGAUGAGAACCGCACAGCACAACGUCUUGCUAUGAGAUGUUUUUAAUGAUUUAGUAUUUUACAGCAUUUGUUUACCAUAUUUUGAUAUACCAUUUUUUCUAUCUGCCAGGUUUUAGUAAAAGAAGAAGUAUAUAUUAUUUUCUAAGGAAACAGUCAUAUUUUUGUACAAAACUGUGUUUUCAAGUAACAAAGAAUUAGAUAUCGGGCACAGCAGAACAUAAGCAGUGUUACCCGUGGCUGGGAGUCAGUAUUGCAAGCCAGCAGGGACCAUGAGCGUGCCUCGGGCUGCCCUCCCGUGUGGGGCACAGUGGCCCAUGAGCCCCGUCCAGCUGGUUUCACCUGACACUUUAAUUUUUUAAAAAAAGUCCUGUGGAGUCCUAUGAUCAUGAAAUUAUUUUGCUUUUUUCAAAGGCUUUAAAAGAACCAAAGUUCCAGAUUUCAGAAUGUAUUUUUUUAAAAAGUAUCUGUCUCUGGCUGAAAGAAUGAAGGGAUCAUCUAAUGACCGGUCCACUCAAAGGUCGUUAAGUAAUCCACGAAUCCUGGUGACCUUUGUACGCUGAUGAGCCCAGCCUGAUCACCGUGCAGUGCAUUUCCUUAGCCGUCAGUGUCUCUAGCAAAAAACCUAAAGAAAAGACAAUUAAGCAGGUGGCGCUUUAUACUUUAUUUUCUCUCUACUUCAGCCAGAAUCAGGUCUUCAGGGUUUCGCCAGCAUGGUUGGUGGUUUUGCACACCCUGUUUGUAACUGAGUUCAUGAAUAGUCUUGUGGGUUUUCAGAAAUGAAAUGCAGUAAGGAACAGUUUCACUUUUUGAUCCACUGCUUGCAGCAGAAUUACAUAUGUAUAUAUGUGUACACACAAACACUUAUAUAGCUUAUAUAUGUGUGUGUGUAUAUAUAUAUGUAUGGAAAUUCACUUUGAAUAAUUACAUUUUUGUAUUUGGAAAUUAGUUGAAGAAAUAAAAAAGGCAAAGUGUGAAGCUGUAAUUUAUUCUGCACUUGUUACAUUUUCCCCGCGUGGUACUGCCGCCCUGCACAGCCACAUUCGUAUUUGCAACAGUGAGCUUUACAUCCACACAGACUGUACAUAGUCCUUUCUGUGAAAGGAUCAGCGUAUCAGGAUCAUACCAAAAGUAUGUUUAAAAAAAACUGCAUUCUUUUGUAAUUAUUUCUUAUAGGUGUUUCAUGGUAAGAUUAGAGGUCAAUAAAGUUUCUUUUUUUUU